UACUGCGCAUGGCCGAGAUGAGCCGAGCAUGCUCAGUAGGCAGUUGGGAGGGCCUCUUGUUCCGCCUCAGUCAGAGUCGCCCUUUGCAGAGCAGCCAGCUGCUGAGGGCUCCUUGAAGAGAUGCAGGCACCGAGUGCUGGGGCAGCAGCCAUCCGAGAGAGGGUGCGGGAGGCCCUCCAGACGGAUCUCUUGGCCGCAGACCUGAAGUGCAGCUUCUUUGUCUCUGCUCUGCAGAACUACAAGCGGGACUCUGUCCUCCGGCCCUUUCCAGGUCUCUAUACCGCAGAGGAGACCAAGGAUUUUGAGGCUUUGCUUGCAGACACAAACGCGUUGGCGGGCUUGAAAGAGCUGCUUGAGUCAGCCCAAGACGCAGACAACAGAGCAUGGGAGUUGCUCGGCUGGGUUCUCUCUUCCAAGGCCUUGGGCAUACACAGUACCAGCAAACAGGAGUAUAAGAAGAUCCAGGAGCUGACAGGAGCGCCCAGCGUCCCAGUCCCCGCGCCAGACUUCCUGUUUGAAAUCUCUUAUUGCAGUCAAAUGAACGCCAGAUUCGAGGAGUCCAAGGCGGGGCGAGACCUCAUCUAUGCGUUCCACGGGAGCCGCCUUGAGAACUUCCAUUCCAUUGUGCAUAACGGGCUGCAGUGCCAUUUAAACCGGACCUCCUUGUUUGGGGAAGGCACUUACCUGACCAGCGAUCUCAGCCUCGCUCUCCUCUAUAGCCCCCACGGCCUCGGCUGGCAGAGAAGCGUGAUGGGACCAAUCCUUAGCUGUGUUGCUGUUUGCGAGAUCAUCGAUCACCCAGAUGUAAAAUGCCAGGUGAAGAAGAAAGAUUCUAAAGAAAUAGACAGGAAGAGAGCCAGAGUGAGGAACAGCGAAGGGGGCGACGUUCCUCAGAAAUACUUUGUCGUCACGAACAAUCAGCUGAUACGGGUGAAGUACUUGCUAGUGUAUUCACAGAAGCAGCACCGGAGGCCUGCCAGCCAGUCGUGGGUCUCCAAGCAUUGCUUUGCUGUAAUGAUGAGCCUAUAUCUGCUGCUGCUGGUUGUCAUAGGGGCUAGCAACUCCCCUGCCUUCCUCUACUACUGGAACAGGAUUUUUGACAUAAAACGAUGAACUUGUGGGCGUGGGGGAUGGGUGGGAUGGGGUCGCUCACUUUCACCAUAUGCCUUAACACUGAGCGAUCUAAAGCCUUCAAGAAACCCCCCAACCCAAAAAUCUGGAGAGGGGCAAAAGGAGAGCUGGAGUGUGUUGCCGGGGGGGGGGGAGGCUGGGGCAUUUCAGCUGCCUUAACUUUCCCAGCAUAUCUUUUUCAGUAUUGCUGGUUUUGUGUGACUCCUCUAAAGAAGAGUUGGGUAGAUGGAUCCUCCCUUUCAUUGCCCUUCCGAAAGAUGGAAGAGGACAGUGCAGGUGGGUGGGAGGGCAAAGAUCCUGCAGAAAAACCACCAGUGAGGCUUAGAAUGGAGGCCGAUGCUUUCAGGAUGUCCACAAUCAGAAGCGACACGUCCACUGCGCUCUGCAAGGAAGGAUGAUGUUCUUCAACCUGCAUCUUCCUCGGGACCCUUGCUCUCCUUCCUGACAUUUGAAAGGUGUUUGCUGAAAAGUCUAUUUUAAAAAGACACAAUGUGUGACUGUAAGUAGAUCCCCGCUGGAUCAGACCAGAGGCCCAUCGUCGUCCGGCAUCCUCUUUUCCCAGCGGUCGACCAGAGAAGGCCACAGGCAGGACUUGAAUGCAACAGCGCCACUCUCUCCGCCUGCGAUCCCCAGCAACUGAUAACUCUGAGGCGAUCCUGAGCUAGAUGGCCCGACUGCCUGACUCCGCAUAAGGCAGCUUCCUGUGCCCUAAAUCAGCCUUCCCCAAGAUGGGCGUUGCAGCCCAACAGAGCAUAAGCAAAGCCCUGCCAAAUGCGGCCAGAGACCUGCCUACUCCAGCAGCCUCUUCUGACUGGCCAACCAGAUGUCCCAAUGGGAAUCUGGCAAGCAGGACAUGAGCAGAACCGCGGGUGUCUGUGUGUCUGUGAGAAAGAGUGGAAUAAACCCUGUGCUCUUUUAAAAACAUUCCCCCUCCCCAGAAAAUCUCUGUGAAAUGCCCGAGUCAGAAACACUUUCCCGAUCUGAAAGCAAGGAGCGCGGUCUGGACCUUGUUGCUUCUCAGCUGCUGGGUUGCCCUCCCUUGGUCGGAGCAUUACCCCCCCACCCGCCGCCACUAUCUCCUCCCCCAGCUCCUGUCGCUCCUGCUUCUGCCUGCGGUCAGGCUGCUGCUGCUGCUGCUCUCUUUUUCAGUUUGUGGGGACUUAUCUCACAGGACCCCCUUCCUCAAAGGGAGAGAACCAUCCACACGUGUCCCCAGUCAAGCCCCCUUCCCACAAGUCGAGCCUGCACCAUAACAGAGCGCAGCCUGCCCCUCAAGCAGAGAGCCAGGUGGCCCCUGGGGCAACCAUCUGAUCACCUCCUGGCUCAGGAGGGGACAGUGUGGCCCUCCAGAUGUUGUUGGGCUCCCACCCCCAUUAUCCACUCCCUAGCCAUACCGUUGGCCAUGCUGGCUGCCGGGACGAAUGGGAAUUGGGGGGUUCCAACAGCAUCUGGAGGCCCGUCCCUGACCCAGCUGCAGGUAAAACAGCAAGCUGGUAGUGAAAGAGAAGAGGCGAUGUUGACAAUGGCAAGACCUUCACGUCUGCAGCUGAGGUGGGCAGCGUCAGGAAGAGGUAAACUGCACCUGAAGCCGUGAGUCUGUGAAAAAACAGGCAAACGGGUUUCUUUCAGUUUUCUCGGAGAAUCUAAAAACUGACUGGAUGCCAUUUACAUUUGCCUUUCUGGUUUUAUUGUGCAUAUGAGAAGCAAGCAAAACAGUCGCAUUAAAAAAAACACUGCGCAGUAAAAGCAGCGGGUUCAAGUUCCACCUCUGCCAUUUUCCUCCUUUGGGCAAAUCACUUGUCAACAUCGGUUCUCCAUUUAUAAAACGGGAAUGGUGGUGGGCUACCUCUCAAGCUUAUUGUAAAGGAAAUUGCAAUAAAAACUGUCAAGCACUUUGAACAUUAAAAUUAUAUAUACGUGGUAA